GCAUUUGUUAGUAGGACCGGGAUGGUCUUCCGGUGGUGGCCUGUGGGACGGCCGGAGCCUGGGGCCGGCUCUGUGAGGGGGAUACGGGCAGUGGAGUAGCCGCUGGUGGCAGCCUGAGGGUCGCCGGCUCGGGCCGGGAAUGGUGCAUGAGCGUCUGGUGCUGUCAGUGGCAGAGAGAGAGGACGAGCAGUCACUACACUUCAGACGUACAUUAUUGGCUUUGGAACAUUGUGAGAGGUGCUAUAUUAAAGUUUAAGAAAGUGUCCCAGCCAUGCUGACUUUAGCAAAAAAGUUGAAACGUGAAGAUGGUAUGAAAGGGAGAGGCAACACAAAUCCAGGGACCGAUUCAUCCUGCCGUGUAUCCAUUCGAGAUAAGCUGCUUAUCAAAGAAGUGGCAGAACUUGAAGCAAACCUACCCAGUACGUGCAAACUGGAUUUCCCUGAUGCAAACAAACUUUAUUCCUUCCAGCUGAAUGUCAUGCCAGAUGAAGGGUAUUACCAGGGUGGCAAGUUCCAGUUUGAAACAGAUGUUCCAGAAGCCUACAAUAUGGUGCCUCCCAAGGUAAAAUGUUUAACCAGAAUUUGGCAUCCCAAUAUUACUGAGACUGGAGAAAUCUGUUUAAGCUUGCUGAGGGAACACUCGAUUGAUGGCACAGGGUGGGCUCCAACCAGGACUUUAAAGGAUGUGGUCUGGGGAUUGAAUUCUCUAUUUACUGACCUCUUGAACUUUGAUGAUCCCCUGAAUAUCGAAGCUGCAGAGCAACACCUGCGUGACAAGGAGGAUUUUCGGAGUAAAGUGCAGGAUUAUAUUAAACGCUUUGCAAGAUGAUCAUGUGAGCUGUCUGAUGGGACACUAUCCAAGCUGUGGAAGCCAAGUCUUCUGCCUUCUGAUGUCGAUCGUCAAUUAAACACUGGAUUGUGGCGGUCCAGUAUCACUGUUGUUAUGAAGAGAAGCUGUUGGUGCUACUUUGAAUUCAGCGUCAGUACAGCAAGUGAUGGGCAACUUUGGGCUAAGAUUCGAGAAUAAUUACUCUUAUUGUGGCAAAAUAGUCGGGUUUUCUUCAAUUAUAAGGAUUGUACAGAGCACCUGGAGUCUGUCUCUUUCCUGAUUGAUUCACAAAGGACAGCUUUUCUAGUGUAAUCUGGUGUGGUUUGGAAACCACAAUAUUUUGCAACAAAAUGUCUUAAGACAAAAGUGUUUGAAGCAUUAACAGCAUGUGGCUUGCAAAUAUUAAACAACUGUGUGUGGAAAACGCAGAGAAUA